AUGAUUGGAAUACAGGCUCUGGAAACCAAUAAGCCGGUGGUUAGUGAAUUUACGACAAAAGAACGGAGACCGCUAAAAGAUAUCGAUGUAAAUCGAAGCCACCAACUUAAUAUACCGUCUAAAGAUGGACGAAACAUAGGGAAGGCAACCAUUUCUUCCGGGUUCCGGGUGUUUGCAGAUGGCGAAACUAAUGUGAAGAUACCGGUGAAGGUAUCUGCGGAUGGCGAAAAACAGGUAUUUGGUGCCAAAAAGCCGUUCCAAACGAUCAAUGGGACAUGUAGUAAAAAAUUGAUUACUAAAGACACUGGUCCGAUAAGUGUGGAACAGGUUGAUGUCGGUUUCCGGGCCAACUGCGGUGUCUUUAAAGAUAAUUCCCUUUCUGAUCACACCAUUUCGGCAACUAGUGCAAAGGUUGCUAAUAUGAACUGGCUUGAAAAACAGCUUGCUAUGCUUCAAGUCAAAGAAACAUCGAGCAAACCCCAGAUACUUGUAACUAAUUCAUGUGGUGUAGGUGUUAAAAAUACUGUCUCUACUGUAAUUCCUAAUAUCAAUGAAAUUGAUAACUUGGCCCGAAGUGCUAAGCAAUAUGAAGAUAACGUAUGCGCAGGAAAAGCAAAAGAACCAGAACCAUCAACCAACGAUACAGGUGCAAUAAGAAAAGUUGUCUCGGAUACAGCUAAUUCUACCAAGUUUAACAAUACUAGCCAGUUGCCAAUAUUCAAAUGGAAUGUUAUGGCUGAAGAAUGGAACACCACGAAGGAAAAACUCUAUGAUCAUGGCAAUUCUAAAGAUUCUUUUUCAUCUAAUGUGGGUGUACAACAAAUAUCAACGCCUUGGAAUUUUGACGCAUUCAAUGUUGAAACAAAUCUACCUAAUCAGUACACAGAUGCUACCGGAAUCAAUCGUAAUUUUCCGAGUACUACCCAAUCAAUCGGUAGAAAAAUUGUCGGAAAAAAGUGUACACCGUUUGAAAGGGGCCAUCAAGUUGCGGCUAAUGAUAUUCUGCGUGAGUUGGAUGAUCGGACUGAGGAAAUUCAACUCUACGAAAGAUAUAAGGAAGCACGCCGUAAGAAAGCCAUUGAAGCGAUGCGUGUGGAACAAGAAAGGAAGAAAAGGAAAAUUGAGUUGCGCCCAAACGUACCGACUAAUAUGAAAAAUCCACAGCAGUCUACUGUGAUCAGAGGUAGAAACUAUCCAACGGAACGUUUCGGUAUCGAUGGUUUCCAGCGUCCAACUAAUACUUCAUACAAUCCCGGGCCAACACUUCCGUUGCCUGCUAUUGCUCCCGGUGUAAAACCGAGUGUUUGCAUUAUCAAAUAUUCAAUACCACCGAAUGAGCCGAUACGCUACGAACCGAUAGACCUAUUGAGGAUGAAUACAUCAAACAAAAAUGCUGACAAACGAUACGGUAGUGCAUGGACAUGUCAUAUUGGUAUGACACAUUUCAGUAGUGAUUAA